AUGGCAACUGAAUUAACUGUUCAAUCAGAAAGAGCUUUCCAAAAGGUUUGUACAUUGAAAUAAAUACUAUUAGACAAUACAACUGGAGAAUAAGGAAGCAAAUUAUAAAACAAGAUAUUGAUCAAAUUAAUGGAUUACGAAGUAUCGAAAGGCAGAGUUCUAAGUUAUACAUCAACCACUAUCAUGAAAUAAAUAGAGUAUCAAAGAGAUCUCCAGUUAUUGUAUUACAAAAUAGACUAUUGAACUUGUAUACUAACUAAAUAAUUAGCAACCACAUAUUUUCACCAACCCAAAAGCUAAAGCUAACAGAAAAACCAAAAGAUGGUAUAAAGAUGUUGGUUUAGGUUUCAAAACCCCAAAAGCUGCCAUUGAAGGUUCAUAUAUUGAUAAAAAAUGUCCAUUUGUUGGUCAAGUUUCAAUUAGAGGUAAAAUUUUAACUGGUACCGUUGUUUCAACUAAAAUGCAUAGAACUAUUAUUAUUAGAAGAGACUAUUUACAUUAUGUUCCAAAAUAUAACAGAUACGAAAAAAGACAUAAAAAUGUUGCGGCUCAUGUAUCACCAGCUUUCAGAGUUGAAGAAGGUGACGUUGUUACCGUUGGUCAAUGUAGACCAUUAUCAAAAACCGUUAGAUUUAACGUCUUAAAAGUUGCUGCUUCAGUUUCAAAAUCAAAAAAAUUCUCAAAAUUUUAA